AAGCAAUCAUCCCACGUAUAAAAACCCUUCACAGUCACUUGUUGAUCGAUCCAAGAAUUGCAGAAGAAAACAGGAAGGUGAUCACUGAGCAAGACUAGUAAGCAGCAAUGGGUUCUCUAAUGGCGGGUUGGGACUCGCCGGUCCUUGAUGCUAAGCGUGUGGCUUACCAGAGGAACAGAUCGUUCACCAAAGAAGAAAUAGAAGCUUAUCGGAGGUCGGAGAAGGUGAAAGCAGAGGAAGAACUGCAUAAAGCCCCGUCCGAUGGCGCUCGGGAGAUGGUGUUGGAAGAGCGUGCAAGAAAGUACGAGAGAUCGGUCUCGCUGCCGGCGGAGCUGGAAGCCGGGACGACCUGGGAGACACUCGUCAACAGCAAAGGCUGGUGGACCUGGAGCAAUUGGGCAUUUCUGAAUGAACCGCCCGUCCUUGAAAGGAGCACCAACAGUUACGCCUCUCAGUUCCACGUUGCCAAUCUCCACAAAUCGAAAGCUUGAAUCACGUAAUGAGAAAGCUAAUCUGGGCUUGUUUGCACCGAAUGAGUUGCUUUGCAAUCGUAGUUUGUAACUCUAUAGGUAUUUGUAUGUAUACAAGUAUAUGCGAUACGUACGUUUUCGAAGUGAUGUGUAUAGUGUAUCAAAGGCGCUGUAAAAUGUUGAGGACUUUCAAUGUGAUCUUGUAUGAGCUCUUGUUC